GCUUUAAGUGCUCUGAUGAACACGCGCAUGGCAGAGGGUACACCCGUAAGGGAGCAUGCUCUCAAGGUCAUGGUGCAGCUCAAUGAGCUAGAGGUUCUUGGAGGUUUUAUUGACGGGGAAACCCAGGUUGAUAUCAUGCUCCAAUCUCUGCCGAAGAGUUUUGAUCAGUUCCGGUUGAACUAUAACAUGCACAAGAUGCAUAUGGCUCUUCCAGAACUGUUGUCAGAACUUCAGUCGGCUGAGGCCUUGUUCACGCAGAAACCAGUUGUGAUGGUUGUCGAGCAAGCCAUACCUUCCAGGCCUCACAAGGGCAGGAAGAGGAAGAAGGCUGCAGGAAAGGUAAAGGCACAGAGCACCCAGUUAGUACCUCAGCACGCUGUCGCAAAGAAGCCGAAAG